AUGGGGGAGGAGGAGGGAGGGGUCUGUGGGGCGGAGGGUGUGAGUGGUGGUCAUGGGGGAAUGAAGGAGAAGGGGGUGUAUGUGUGUGGUAAAAAAAAAAAGAAGGGGGAAAGGGUAUGUAAGGUGAAUGGUAUGGGUGGUGAUCAUGGGGGAACGGGGGAGACAACGCCCGUUUGGGGGGGUGUUGGAAGGGGGUGUGAGAUGUGUGUUGUGUGGUUUAGGGUUUAA